UUCACAUCUUUUUGCCAUGGAGGUGGAAUGCGAUUUGGGUGAUAUACAAAAUGAGGAGUUGCUGAGGAAAAUGUGGCAGCAGUCCGAGGACAGCGAGCGCAAGAAGCAGAUCCGAUCGCAUCUCUAUAAGCUGCGCGAGUCGCGACUUUGCAACCUCUAUAGGCACGAAACGGACCCAAUGUCGGAGCCCAACGGAAACGGAAACGGACAUGGCAACGUGAACCAGCUGGCCGGUUAUGCGGGCAAGGAUCCGUUGGCCACCAGCCACGGGGACGCCCUGCUCGACCAGAACUUCCAGAGCCUGAAGUCGAAGGAGGUCCGUGAUUCGACCAGUCCCACGCACGAGAUGCGCUUCCAUUCGAUGACGCUGAGCCAGCCGAAUACCACCGGCUGGGAUGUGCAGACCUCCUCGGAGGUCAGUCCCGAUGGACGGGCCUAUCGCACCGAAACUCUGGCCAAAACAGAUGGCGUGGAGAAGCUCAAUGGUGGUGGCCUGGCCGAGUUCAAAGGUCGCAACGAGCAGCGCUCGAGUGCCUCGCAUCAGGGCGAUGACAAGAACUUCGUGAAGCAGGCCUCGGAUAGCUCAAAGACCCAACUCCAGGAGACGGUGGUCUUCGGGGAUGAGACCAGCGGUCGCACCGAGAUGAAGAUGAGCUCCACCUCGACCUCGUCGUCCUCGAAGGUGGUGUCCUCCUCGUCGACCGUUGAGUAUGGCGGCGAUGAGCCGCGCUAUCUGCUGGACAGCCAGGAGAGGCCGAAUCCGAAGCCACAUCAUCAUCAUCAUCAUCAGCAGGAGCAGCAGCAACAACGGGAGUGGGAGCAGGAUCAAAGACGUCAGGAGCAGCGCAUUCAGGAGCAACUGCAGCGACAGGAGCAACAGAUUCGCCAGGAGCAACUGCAGCGACAGGAGCAACAGAUCCGCCAGGAGCAACUGCAGCGACAGGAGCAACAGGAGCGAUUCUCGGAGAGCCGCGAGCAGAGCAACAGCACCCGGAAUGUCCAGACCCAGCAGCAUUACGAGGAGAACAAGCGCUAUGUGGAUAUGGACAAGGCAUCGCCCGAGUAUCAACGCCAUGUCCAGCAUUUGAUGGAGCAGCCCGGCGAGAUCAUCUCCAAUACGGUGGAGUAUCCCAAGCCGAAUGUCAAGAUGAUCACCACGGUUAAGCGACUGCCCGAUGGCACCAUUGUCAAGAACAAGCGCUACGAGACGGAGCAACUUACUCCGAGUCAGAGUCAGACGACCCACAACCAGACCCGUAAUCAAACCCACAUUCAAACCCACAAUCAGACCCACAAUCAGACCCACAAUCAGACCCACAAUCAGCGACGAGCUCAGGAUGUGCAGGAUAGUCAGGUUCGCGAUGUGGUGGACAAUGUGGAGCAAAAGCAUGUGACGGAGUCGCAGAGCUUCUCCUCGGUGAAGAAGUCCAGUCGGCGAUUCUCCACGGAGACCACCUCGGAAACGGUGGAGGAGUACGACGAUCGUGGUCAGCCCUUGUCCAGGGUGGUGCAAAAGGCACCGGUUCCCUCAGCCACAACCACACCGACAACCACCCACUCACCACGCCAGUCGCCGGCCAAAGACUUUAGCACCCAUGGCUUUCCCUCGGUGCGUCCGAAUAAGCCCACCCAGGAGUAUGCCUCCCAACGGCCCGGCACCGAAGAGGUGGUGGUGGUGCGUUCCGAGAAGAGCCGCCAGGUGAAGCAGCAGACGAGCUCACAGCGCACCACCGAAACGGAGGUGCUGGGUGAGGAUUACCAGUCACCCCACGAGAGAUCCCCCCAGAAGCUGAGGGAGGCUCCAUCGCCCAGUUGGGAACAACCCACAACCACCAGACGUCAUCCGGUGGAUGAGGAUUUCAGCACCCACGGCUUUCCCUCGGUGCGCACAACCACCAACCACCCCGAUCGUCCCGAUGGCGAGGUGUUGCAGACCUCCAAGACGGUGAGUCGCAAUCAGAGUGCCAAUAGGAAAACGAACACGGAGCGGAUAAUUGAGACACAGGUGGAACAUUCACCUUCCGGCAUUCGAUCUGGAAGUCCUCGACGAUCUCAGCCACGCGAGGAUUAUGCUUCGCCUCGUGGACCAGCCGGCAAACCAAGUCAGUCCCGUCCCAGCACCACCAGCACCACCAAGACGACCAGCACCACUUCGGAGCCCUUGACUCGCCGUCAGUUGCAAAAGGAGCGCGAGGUGGAUGCCGCCCAUCGGGCCUUUGCCGCCUCACUGCGCAGCAGUUCGCCGGCGGACAGCACCACCUCGGUGGGUUCGCAGCACCACCACCAUCAGACGCCACGAUCGAGUGUCUCCUCGAAUCGCACCUUCAGACGGGAGAUGCGAGAGGGUUCCCAUGACAGCCAGGCGCCUUCGGAAUCGAGCAGGAUCAGCUCGACCACUGUGACCAGGCAUCAGACAGGUGGCAGCACCACUAGCAGCACCACCAAGACCAAGACCACCAAGCCACCGGUGUCCAGAGGUCCCAGUAGUGAGCCCAGGUCGCCCACUCCGAAAACAGCAGGAGGAGGAGCAAUAACCACCACGACCACCAUUAGCAGCACCACCAAGUCCAGUCCCAGUCCAGCACCAGCUUCACCCACCUCAGCCGCACCACCAGCCAGUUCCGCACCACCAGAUAACAAGCUAUCACAGUAUACGUAUACUACCACUAAGCCCGGCGAUAUAUUCUCUCUGCCACCAACUACUCCUCCUACUAUUAACAACGAACCAACACUAACCACCACCAAAACAACAACAACCACCACCACCUCCAAGAACAAGCAGAAACAACCCGAUCCUGAUUUCGAUAACCAGCCGAUCCAAAAGGUGAAGCUGAGCGCUAACGAGGCAAUGGUGGUGGAAGAGGCACCCUGUGUGCGGCGUCAAUAUUACCAGCUGGGAAACGAGGGGGAAAGCCCCGAGACGCCCGAGAGCUCAGGGACCCCUGCCAGCAAGAAGCCCCAGCCAAUGAGGAGGCCCCACCAGGAUGAAGCGGAGCCUCAGUUGAGGCGUAGCUCCAAGUCGCCCACUGUGGAGCCACGUCCGGUGCAGCGGGAAACGACCUUUGAGGGUCGUCGCGUCUCUCAGCCGGAGGAUCGAGAGCUUUCGAUCGACGAGUUGCUUCUCAUUGAACAGAUGAGCGGUGCUCCGGGCUUGCCCACUUUGUCGGCAUCUCAGAGUCUCGGCAAACCGUCAACCACUAGGGCUCAGAGUCCCGAGAAGCCGCAGCCUAGGGCUACUCCUCGGCAAAGCCCUGAAAAGGAGCAACCCCGUUUCCAGACUCCCGAGAAGGCUCAGCCCAAAGUCUCUCCCCGUCAGAGUCCCGAAAAGCAAUUACCCCGAGCCCAGAGUCCCGAGAAGGUUCCUCUAGUUAGCCAACCUGGUGCUUCUCCGCGUCAAAGUCCAGAGAAGCAAAUACCCCGUAACCAGACACCCGAAAAAGCUGCCGGACUACCCCGUGUUUCACCUCGGCAAAGUCCCGAAAAGCAGGAUCUAACCAGCAAGCAAAGACGCGACGAGGAAGAGAUAUUUCGCAGCACCAUUACCACAACCCAAAAACGAACUACCCACAAUUUAAACGAAGAAUUUCUAACGAACGAACGAGAUAACCAAAAUCAGACGAAUUACGAAAAGAAACCCCAGGCUGCAGGUAAGGAUGAGCCUAAAACAAAGCCGCAGGAGACCAUUGAAAGUCCAGAUGGUGGAUUCCCGUCCAAAACUACUGAAGCUGCGGAGCAACCCGAAGAGAAGGAGGCACCCACCUAUCGGAAGAAGGGUUUGACUCGUCGUGAGACCUUCGAGGAUCGCUGUCGCCAAAUUUUGGGUAUGGAGGAAGAUGGCGAUACUCAGGGAACUUUCACCCCGAAACCGAACGACGAUCGGGAAGACGAUAGUGUUACCCAUACCACCAUAGAGACCAUCCAAGUUAAGAUCGAAGAUUGUCCCGAUGAUGAUGACGAUGAUAAACCCCGUCGGGUGACGGAGACAUUUGUGGUACGUACGCAGCCGAAGAUUAAGGUGGAAGAGGAGCUCCUCGUGGAUGUGACCGAGUCGGAGGAUGUGGAGUUUCUGGUGACUCCUAAGGAAGAGAUUCCCAAAGCUCCUAAAAAGGAUCAAGAUACUCCAAGGGCUCCAAAGAAAGAACAGACUCCUGUUCUUCCCAAGGAAGAAACUUCCAGGUAUCCCAAGCAUCCAAAGGAAGAAGACAGUCCCAAGGAGAAGCCCAGGAAUCCUAAAGAGGAUGCCGAGACUAUUAAUGUGAAUGAAGAGACCACCAUUAUCAUUACUAAGCAGGGUUCCAAAUCUCCCUCUCCCGAACGUAGAGUUCCCAAGAACUCCCAGUCUCCAUCUCCCUCUCCCACCUUUGGUAGAAAGAUUCCAAGCAAGCUGGAGUCGAGCUUUGUGACCGAAAAGAUCAUUGAUUGCCAGGGGAAAACUGUUGUGGAGAAAAUCAGUCAGAGGCCACGCACUCCAAGUCCCACCACCCCGAAAAAGAGCACAAAGCCAACACAAAAGUUGCCGGAGAAAGUACCCGAAAGUGAAUCGGAGCCCGAGAAGGAAUCAGAACCGGAGACGAAGAAGAAGACCGCUGUGAGCAUUACGAAAACCACUAAAACGAAGCAACCACUUUCGACCAAGGAGCCGCAAUCAAAGCUUCCGGCUGCAAAGAGUCCUCGCAAGGACUCGCUGACUCAAGCUCGCAAGCGGGAUAGCUUGGUGGAGGAGACUCAAACCACGAGGACGACAACAACUCAGCGUCGUAAGCCCAGCGACUCAAAUGGUACACCCUCCAUCAAGGAUCGUCUUCGUUCUUCGCCGCGCAAGCAAAAGACCUCGCCGCAGCAGAACCGAACACCCACUCCGGGUGGAAAACCCCGAAACCCCGAGGACGAUGUCGAUGGAGACUCUACCUCGCCAGAUGCCAGUCCCUCGAGGUUGAACAACGAACGCCGUCGAUCUAGCAACAUUUCCGUGCACACGGAGAUCAUCAUAGAUCACACGGCUCCCAAAUCCCCGAGAACUGAGAGGCGACCUUCAAAUACCACCGGUGGAGUUGCCAGUCCGAUUAGGAAGCUUCCGGUGACGGAGAGAAAGGAAUCGGCCCCCGUGCCCCGAGUAACGCGACGCGAUAAAACCGAGAAGGUCACUCGCUCCACCAGCGAGAAUAUCAUCAAGGUAGCGAGCGGCAGCAAGCCUCAGCCGGAGAUGAGUAGCCUGAAGCCGGGUGGUAGACCCAGUAAAUGCUGCACCACCAAGACGAUCAAUCUGAGCGAGCAGCGCAUUAAUACGGCCACCGAUAUAGAGGGUGUAAUCAUCGACAUUCAGCAGGCGAAGAGCUCCAGGGAACCAUCGCCGGAUAGGAUUGUGCCUACCCCCGUGCCCGCUGAACUGGAAACGGGAAAGCCCCGAUAUCCGGAUGUCGUCCAGGAGCCCGACGAUGAACCGCGUCGCAAGCCACAGGUCACAAAUAUACCCAUUUUCGAGGAGGAAUCGCAGACGUAUGUGGGCUGUCAGAUCUCCGAGUUGCGCAGCUCCAAUGGCCUUGAGGUGGAGAUACUCGACAAUCCCACUGUGGAGGCUCCCAAGAGCCUGGACUAUCCCGUUAAUACACCCGAUACGGACGAGAGUCUAUUGAGUGUCCACGAGAAGGUCUCGCGAUUCACGCACUCGGCCGAAAAGGUGAAGCAACCCCGGGUCUCCGCACCAUUUAGCAGGGAAUUCGAUACGAAUGCCAAGAUUCCCGAGAACGACGAGUGUCUGCUUAGCAUUAACCAAAAGGUUGACAAGUUCCUGCGGACGGCAGAGAACGUAAUUAGACCUUCUUCGCUCUCUCCGCGACCGGAAAUCGAACGCCCCGGGUUGGAGGAGAUCGAUGAGGAGCUUCGGCGGGACGAUUGCAUACUGAGUGUCUCCCAGAAGGUGCACAAAUUUAUCGACACAGCCGAGAAAUUGGCGCCCACCAUGCCGCAGAAAUCGCCACGCUUGGUGGCCAACAUCGAGCGUCAUAUCUCCCGGCAAAGCGAGCCUGAGCGCGAGUUGGAUGAGGAGUCGGAGCCCGAACUGGAUCGCGAUACGGAUGUAGAGGAUGGCAAUCAAACUAGCCAAGUGGAGGACACCGAGGAGGAGCUAAGCCAUUCGGUGACCAGGAAGGAAACCACCAUAAGGGAUGUUAAGCAACAAACUGAAGAAACCAGGGAGACACGAAGGGAUUCCAAGAAGGUAACCCAAAAAGAAACACCAACCAAGCUCAAAGAAGAACCUGCCAAGGUGCCCAAAUAUCAGGCAAAGCUACCACAAAAAGUAUCACAAUGGGAGCCCAAGAAGCAACCUCAAAGAGAUGCGCCUAAGCAACCCUUAACUAAGCUCAAAGAUGAACCUGAAAGGGAAAACAGAAAGGAGUCCAAGGGGUUGAAGCCCAAAGAGGAACCCAAGAAGACACCCCAAAAAGAACCAAGACAAUCUGAGGAAGAGCCGGACUUCUCCCCCGCAGAAGAAUUCGAUGAGGAACCUUCACCGAUGACCAAGACACAUACCACAGCCAUCGAACUGAAGCGUCAGAAGGAUAUACUCAACCGACCCUCUGUCUUUGGCCAACGAACCCCAGAACGCAAGCCCAGCACUACGCCAUCACCAACUAAGUUGAACGGGAAUCGUGGUCGACCAAGUCCAAGUACCAGUUUGAUUUCGGAAGAGAAGAGAUCGUAUAGAAAUCAAGUGAGCAAUGUGAACAAGCCGGGAACUAGGAAACCAACUCCCGCUGCCCAAUCACCUGCAGCACCCAGGACAAAUAGCAUUUCCAAGCGCAUGGAGCAAAUCAGUCAGCAAUCAUGGGUUGUCCAAGAUGUCGAUGUGGACGUCGAGGUGGUGGGACCAGCACCACCUACCCACAGAAAGAGCCCAUCGCCAUCGCGAUCUCCUUCCCGAUCGCCCAGUAGACGCACCUCCACCAAUUUAAACACCACAACCACCACCACCACUGAGCACCACCCGAGCACCACCACCACCACGACCACCAAGUCAACUAGCCCCAAACCGACUACGACUAACCCAACCAGAGACGAACCCGAAAUCACACUCAUUGAAUCCGUUACAGAAAAGACAAUCACCACCACGGGACGCAAUGUGGCUAGCCGCCGGAAUGUUUUUGAGCCAGCUGAGGAAUCUCCUGUGGAUUCCGAGCCCACGACUGGACGUCGUCCCUCGUACAUGGAUCACACGAAGAGCUCACUGGAGCACAUUCGACGCGAUUCCCUCGAGAUCAGCAAGAGUCACUACUCCCGAAAGUCCUCGGUGGAGGAUGAUUCUCCCGUAGAGCCACGCAAUCCCAAUGCAGCCGUCAAGUUCGAUGUGCCGCGAAAGACAUCCAAACCAAAGGGUAAGGAUGAGGACUCCGCCUCCGAUUCGGAGCUUCCUGAGAUCGAGGAGAUCUUCGAUUUGGCGAGACUGGAGAAACUCCUGGAAACCGUGGCCAGCUACGAAAUGCGUCGUCGUAUACGCGCCCAAAUGCGUCUCAUACGCAAGAACAUGAUCAAUGCGGGUACGACCAUUACAACCACUACGAUUACAACGAGCACAAUUCCGGGUAAGAAGCGAGAUCAGAGUCCUGAGACCAAGACCAAGGAGGUUCGCACCAUCACGAGUCGCCGGCGGGUGGAACAGGUGGACAGUAGUAAGACUUCACCCCAGGGCAAGCCGCCGGUGAAGCCGAGGGAGAGAAGUGCCAGUCCCGCCCAGAAACGUCGCGUUAGUCCACCGGGCAAGCAAUCGCCUGGCGAAAGGAGCACCACCAAGGUUACCACCACCACCAGUAGCACCACUACCCGCAAUGCUCCUGCUCCGUCCAGCAAACCCGCUCAGGGAGGUGGUCCCAUUUGGGCGGAUCGCUCCAAGGUGCUCAAGGGUCAAACCAAUGGUAGUAGUACCACCCGCAAGGGAUCCACUUCCAGUACCACUUCGAGCAGUGGCAAGAUUACACGCACCCUGACCAGCUCCAGCACCACCACUAGCUCCUCGAGUAGCAGCACCACCAACACAAGGAACAAGCAGCGCGAAGAGGACUCGAUCACCUCCAGUUAUGGUGUGGGACCCACGGACGAGAACGGACUGCCGCUCUUCGGGAUUAGGGCACUCAAGAAGAAGACAACGCCACCACCGGCAGAGGAGACCAAGCAAGAAGUCACAGGCUAUGUGAUCGAGGAGCAGUUCUACUCGGACAACAAGUCGCCACCUCGUCACGAGCGCAAGGAGCUGAUCUACUCGAGCAACGCUGACGAACUGGCUGCCAUAAAGCAGCAGCUUCAGGAUGAGGACGACAGCUCGACAGCUCCGGAAUUGGAUGCCCGCGUGGUGCGGGAGUUCAAGAAGGUGGAGCAAUCCCAGCAAUCGCUGCCCGAGGAUGCCAGAUAUGUGCGUCGCGGAUCGGUGAAGGAGCUCAGCGAGAAGUUCAUACGCAAGGAGUCCUCCUCGUCCACCCAUUCGAGUCAGUCGGUGGUGAGGCACGAGGAUGAGACCGAGGAGGAUAGCGAGUCCAACGAGGUCUGCAGCGUCAUCGAGGCCCCGCAGAUGCGUCAAAAUCAGAGCCACAUCAGUAGUAGUAGCACCACCAGAUCCAGUAAUACACGAUCAUUCCUCAACAGCAGUGCCGAUCAGCGUCAGGUUACCAGUGUGGACGAUGUACUCGAGCGUAUGCGAAAUGCCGAUAAUGUGGAGGAACCCGGCGAUACCAGCGAGGAUCGCGAGGCCCGUGCUCUGCUCAAUAAAUUCCUGGGAGCCAGUGUCAUUAUGCAGGGAGUGGAAAGCAUGCUGCCACCCACCGCCACGGGUCAGCGUCUAAACAGUCAGGGGGUAAAGACCACGCGGAUUACCAAUACCUACAGCAAGUCCGGCAAUAGCACAUCAUCCACCAACAACAACAACAAGGUCAGCAGCUCCAGCUCCUCAGCACCAGUUACACGUACAACUUGUGACAUCGAGGAGAUUUGGGACGAGCAAGUCCUCAAGCAAUUGCUGGAACAGGCGUCCACCUACGAGGAGCGUCGCAAGAUCCGUGCACGUCUACGCGAACUUAUGGCGGAACGCGAAGAGCAAAAGAAUUUGAAGCAGGCGCCGCAGAAGGAGGAGAAGGAGUUAAAAAAGAAGGAGGAGGAGGAGGAGAGCAGCGCCAGCGAGUAUGAAGAGAUCAUCGAGGAGGUGACCGACUACAGUGACGAGGAGGAGGAACCCCAACCAGAGCCCAAAAAGGAGGUGGUGACCCAGAAAGAGGUUACCAAACAGGAGGUUGCCAAAAAAGAGGUUACCAAACAGGAGGUUUCCAAAAAAGAGGUCACCAAACAGGAGGUCACCAAAAAAGAGGUCACCAAACAAGAGGUUACCCAACAAAAGACCGAAAGUGUUAGCAAAAAGUUGGCCCAAGUUGAGCUGGCCAGUGAAUCUAGCUCCUCCACCGCAGAGGUUCAAGUUCAGGGUGAGUCCCUGCCGGCAGCUAAGAAAACAGGAGCCAAAGGAGCAGCAGGAACGGCAGAAACAGGAUCAGGAUCAGGCAGUAGUAGCUUAGGUGGUAGGGAAACGCGUAGUCUAGUCAGUAGCCAGGUUAGCACAGUGGUUAGGGCCAGGGAUAAAGCCAAGCCAGCGACAAUGCCAGUCACGGGAUCGGUCACGGGAUCGGUAACGGGAUCUGGAGCUCCAAGCACUCGCUUGAGUGUUCCGUCCAAAGAAGAUUCCGGCACGGAGAGCGGUGAGGAUCUGCGUCUCUUGGCCGCCGGUCUGCGCGACACCUUGCAACAGCAAAGCAGCGAGGCGAAUCGCAGCCUCGUCGAGGAGGUGACCGAUGCCCUGAGCCGCCUGGAGAGCAGCCUCAAACAGGGCAAGGACCUAACCGUCGAUGGGGGCCAGCGGCAGGCUCUGCUCGGCCUGGUGGCCCGCCUGCAAAGUGGACUCAGUGCGCCCGAGAAGUUGGAAGCGGAGGAUCAAAACGAAGCUGAUCCGGAAACGGAAACGACGGCUCCAGCUCGAUUCGCCAAGCGUCGCCAGCGGAAUAGCCGUCAUACGGUGGGCGUGAGUCGCGAGGAACUGGCGGAUGCCCGGCGAUACAUGGAGGAUAUGCUGAUAUUAGAGGGCAAGGAUUUCGCUUUGGCCAAAACGCCCAGUUCGAGUGCAGUGCCCGUGCAACUGUAUAGACCCAAUCAGUUUGUCCAGCCCCCAGCCACAGUUAUUCAAAAUCCCAGUCAGAAUUCCGCUCAAUUGAGACCAACGAAUAGCAACGCAAACAGGCGUCCAUUGUCCGGUGAUUAUGCCGUCAGCUUUGCCAGCUACGAGAACUCACAGAACUCAAGUCCCGAGGGUCCCGAUGGCAAUGCAACCUCGCCGAGUAACUCACAAACGAAUUCGAAUUCUAGUUCGAAUUCCAGCCGCUUUGGGGGAGGCAAGAAGCACCUGAUGAAGCGGGCCAACACCAUCGAUAUACCCAAGGCCAAGGCCAAGUAUAUGGCCGACUGUGAUUCGGAUUCGGAUGUGGAGGAUGAACAGGGUCCGCAUUUGGGACUGAAGCGAGCCGUUCAGGUGAGCGUUAAGCGACGAGUUCACAACGCAGUGCCACCGUUUGAACCGAAGACGGAGAACGAUCACAAGUUCCUGGCCUUCAUCAACAAGCAGAGUCAUCAGACCGGGCUCGGCUGGGGCGGUGGUGGCGGUCGGAGUGUCUCGAAUUGGACCCACAAGUUUGGCAACAUCAAGCACACCUUCGAAACCGGUGCGGCGGCCACGGCGACCAAGGGUAAACCGCCACCGGUGCCGGGUCAUGUGCCCGGUUGGGCCAAGCAGGAGCAGUUGCAUCACCAGCAGCUGCAGCGAGAGCAAAUGCAGCGAGAGCAACUUCAGCGAGAGCAGUAUCAGCGGGAGCAGAGGCAGCGAGAGCAGAGGGAAAAGCAGCUGCAGCAGGGCCAGCGAGAGCAGCUCUCCAGGCGCGAGCAAUUCCAGCGAGAGCAGCUGCAGCGAGAGCAACUCCAGCGAGAGCAGAUGCAGCGAGAGAAGCUCCAGCGAGAGCAACUACAGCGAGAGCAGCACCAGCGAGAGCAGCUGCAGCGAGAGCAACUGCAGCGAGAACAACUCCAGCGAGAGCAGCUCCAGCGAGAACAACUCCAGCGAGAACAACUACAGCUACAACAGCAACAACAAGCCGUGGCCGCUGUGCAAAUCGAGCGACAACGUCGCCAGGAGCUGGAAAGACAACUGCGCCUCGAACAGGAGGCUCGCUACGAGCGAGAGGAGCGCACUCGCCUGGAGCGCGAGUACUACGAGCAGCAGCUGCAGCGCCAGCAGGCCGAGAGACAACAGCAAUUGGAUCGACAGCGGCAGCAACAGGAGCAACUGGAGCGACAGAGGCGUCAGGAGAUGGAGGUGCGUCUGCAACAGCAGCGAGAACAGGCCGCUCAGGUCAAUAACUUUAUACACGCUCCCCAGUCGGUCUUUCGUCCGAUCGAAAAUGAAACCCCCGCGCAGCCAGGCAUCUACAAGCCCGUGGCACAGAAAUCUCAAGCCUCUAAUCCGUCGAUUUGGAAGCCGCCACAGCAAUCGCAACAACAUUUGUCGGCUACCUCGUAUAGCAAUACCCCGUCGCCAUCUUCAACGGCCGCUACUUCACCCAUCGGUUUGCCCUGGGUGGCCAAGCCCAAGGUGGACAAUAGCGAUUUUCGACGCAAGGCCCAUCACUUUGAGGAGAGAUCCCUGAGGGAUAACCUCGAACAGCAGCCUAAUGGUAAUCUGCAGCGUCACAAUUCACUGCGAUCCAAGGCACCGUCGUUGAGUGAGUUUAAGAAGCGACCUUCCCUGCCGAAUGCCAUGGAACCAGGAACCCAGGCAGCUCCUCCGCCUAGACAAAUGUAUCAGGAACCACCACCACCCACAAAUAUCUCAUUCACCUAUGCCGAUUUCCCACCAGUAAGAAGAAAUGUGGGUAAUAAUGCCCACAAUUACCGCAGUCAACCUUGCCUAACGAGUGCCGUGGAACAAUCGGAGGCCUUGACCAAUCCACUGGCAGCUCCUCUAAUCCUGACCAGCUCAAAUCCCACCUAUCUACCUCCACCAGGUAGCAGAAGAUUCGACUACAUCAGCAGUCCCGUGGAUGUGGACAGUCCACCGAAUAGCCCCACGAGCUUCAUGACCAUGCCCAAUCCCACUUUAAUGACGGACAAUACGGACGAUGAUCUCGAUCUGGAUUCGGACAACAAUAUGCUGGAGUAUAGGGUUGAAACGAAGGUGAUGCGAAAGCCACGUAGUCAGACGGCAGUUAGGGUGGCUGAUCGAAGAAAUGCUCACAUGAGCGAUGAUGAGGUUUAUGGCAAGAACUCGAGGGCGGCCAAAUCGUUGCUCUACACGAUGAAGCAGUUCGGCAAUCCACCGGUCGGUAAUCCAAUCAGCCAGAGAAGACAACCCCUAACGGCGCCCAGUUCACCGAAAUCGGGGGGUUGCCUUUCGCCCGAUGGAAGACAGUACCAGGCGCCGCUCGUAGAACCGCUCUUCCCGCAACUGAGCACUUUUGAGGCCAAGCGACAGCCACAGUUUACAACCGAUUCACCACCCGUUUCGAUCAAUUACCAAGCGAAUCCCACCUACACACCACCGAGAGUUAAUAAUCAGCAAGAUGGUAACUCUUAUUUGGGCGAGACGCACACCUCCUAUGUGGUCACCUAUCCCGUGGACGAUUCGGGGGAUGAGCCCGAACAGGAAUCAAUGGCCACGAGCCAACAACACCGAUUGCGUCGCACUUCGGAGCACUCGAAUGCCAGCUCCUCGCUGUCGCUGGGCAGCACCAGUUGGACAGCGAAUCCGGUGCAUAAUACGGUGGGUGGAUCUAUGGGUCCACCAGUGGAUCGCAGCACCAAGCCGCAGAUUGCUCAGUCGCUGCCUCAGCAGUUACCUCAGCAGGUUCCUCAGCAGGUUCCUCAGCAGGUUCCUCAGCAGCUUCCUCAGCAGUUACCUCAACCGGUUUCUCAGCAGUUACCUCAGCAGUUACCUCAACAGGUUCCUCAGCAGUUAUCUCAGCAGUUACCUCAGCAGCUACCAAAGCAAUUACCCCAACAGAUUCCUCCACAGCUGCCUAAGCAGCUACCUCAGCAGCUUCCUCAGCAGUUACCUCAUCAGUUACCAAAGCAAUUACCCCAACAGUUACCGCAACAGCAAGCUCAACCCAGACAUGCUCCCCGCCUAAGUGCACGUAGUCACACCAUUCAAGGAGAUUCCGGCUACGAUAAUCGUCCCUUGCAAAAUCGUGUCAUGUCCCAGCAGACGCUCAACUCCAGUGUAAUCAAUACUAGCAACAAUACCAGCAGCAUCCAGCAGAAACAGCUGAAGGAGCAGCACAUCAACGAGCUGCGUCGCAAAAGUUUGGGCAACGUCCUCGAGAGCAGCAGUCAAAGGACGUCCGCCUACUUUGAGCAGGAGUACAAGUCGUCGGCACCAGCAGAUACCCCGGAUAUUGUGAAAUCCUCGCUGCCCAAGGAGCAGGCACCGCUGCUAAAGAAAUUCGGGCCACCGCAGCGUCAUCACUACAUGCCCAAUUCGUAUCAGAGUCCGCAGUUGAAUAAGCAGGGUAGUACUACCACUAAUACUACUACUACAGUGGUGCAAAAUCAUCAAAUCAAGCCGAGUAUUGUGGAAACACCGGCCACACCACAGCCACAAGUUCCGCCCGAGGAUGAGAUUCCCCACAAUAUAGUGUUCAACAAUGUGAGUGCCUUCACAUCGAUGAGCAGGCGGAAUCAUGAGGAUGAUUCGCCAGGCAGCCAGGGAAUGCAGUCGGGAUCUCGGGUGAAUCGGCUGAGCAAGUGCGAUUCGUGGAAUCAGAUAUGUCAGCUGCAACAAACGACGACGACGGGGGUUCAGAGUCCUUCGAAGACAUAUAAUCAAUCCACUUCCCCCGGCGAACUGAGACGCUCGAAAUCGGGACAUUCGCUGGCGGUACCAAAGCUCUAUGAAGCGGGAAUUGACAAGGCCCAAGUGAGUGAGAAACAGCGAACGGUGGCUGCCUAUUUCUCGGGCCAAAAGUCACCCACCGGUGGUAAUGGUCAAGUGGAGGAGCUACGCAGCAGUACGAUGAUUAGCUCCUCAUCGAGUAGAAAAUCAGCCAUUAAUCGCACCAAAACGAGUGAAAAACUCUCGGCGGCAGCAAGAAAAUCGUUAAGUUCACUGACCACCACAUCGAAUGGUAAUGUUUCCACCGCCGGUCUGGAAUUAAAGAGACCCAGUGGAGCACCUAUGAUGGGCGGUGGCCUCAGUCGCAGUGCCACCAUGCCGCAUAUCGCGAAUCUCAAUCUGCUGGACGAGAGCAAUGUGGAGGAUGCCUUCGAGCAGCUAAUGAUGGCCCAGCAUAAGAGCUCCUCGACCAGCGAACAGCGAACGGAAACCAAGUCCAAGGAUGGAGGUGCCACUGUGACCACAACAACAACAAAGGUUACCACACGCACUGUCAGCGGAAGUGCUGCCUCCAAGAACAUUUCGCCCUUGGCUAAAUUCAAGCAGCUGGACAAGCAGGCAGCCGCUCAGCAAGCGCAAAAAUCAUCUCCAACAACAAGCACACCCACGACCCCCGGCGGUUCGGCACAACCGUUGUUCAAAUUUACCGAUCCGGCAUUAAAUGCGCGCGCCGCCACUGUCAAGGAUCAACUUCUGCAGUGGUGUCAGCAUAAAACGCAGGAAUAUGAGAACGUCCAAAUAAGCAACUUUAGCUCGAGCUGGUCAGACGGCCUGGCCUUUUGUGCGCUGAUACACCAUUUCUUGCCAGAUGCAUUUGACUACACCACACUAACCAAGCAGACGCGACGACACAAUUUCGAGCUGGCCUUCACCGUUGCUGAUGAGAAGGCUGGCAUUGCACCACUGCUGGAUGUGGAGGACAUGGUGGAGAUGAGUCGCCCCGACUGGAAGUGCGUUUUCGUCUACGUGCAGAGCAUAUAUCGCCGAUUCCGGAACUGUCAGUAGUGAUCAUCAUCAUCAACAUCGUCAUCGCCAUCGAGAGCAGUGGCAGCAGCAGCAGCAGAAUAGUCCAAAUCCAGAUCUAAAUCUAAAUCCAAAUCCAAGUCAACUCAACAGCAACAGCAGCAACUCAUUAAAUUUUAAGCAAAUACCACACAUCCCCUUUGGCAUUUUGUGUUAAGACACACCAUCCCCUAUCCCAAAAAAAACCCAUCCCAAAACCCUUUAAUAUAUAUAAAGAACCCGUCAUCCUGCGAAUAUCUAACUGUAUAAUCGGCAUAUAUAUAUGUAUAUUCUUCAACUGAAGCGCAAAAUGGCUCGUCGAACGUGAACAGCCGACUUUUUGUACGUUUUUUGUGUUUGUUUUACCCUUUUUUUACUAUUAUUACGAUUACGCAUUAUUAUUUGUUAUCGACAUUGAACUUGAAGCAGAAACUAUGCAAAUAAUUGUUGAUUUAUAUAUUUUUUUGUCAUAAUUUUAAUUGUGAAGAGCGAAGAAGAGAAAAAGCAGCGCAGUUACUAACCCUGCUGGCGGUCAUCGAUAAAAGAUAAAUAUAUAUAUUUGAAGAUAUAUAAAGUCUCUCGAUGCCGUCGCUCACAUUGAUGAAUUACUGUAAUAAUAAACAUAUAUUCUAUGUACGUACGUGUAACGAGAACGAAACAUUUACUAACCGAUGGCAUUGAAAAGGCCGCAAAGAAAUAAAAAAAAAGCAAAUGAAACCCAA